AUGUCCGCAGCUACAAAAGAGAUGCUUGCGCGCGUGCAGCGCAUGGUCCCGCCCAUGCUUGAGAAGUUCCACAAAGGCCAACUUGGGCGUGUCGGCGUCAUUGGCGGCAGUGAGGACUACACAGGCGCGCCGUAUUUCUCGGCCAUGGCAAGCGCGAGGCUGGGCUGUGAUAUGUCCCACGUCAUAUGUACACCAACUGCGGCCACAGUCAUCAAGACCUUCUCGCCCAAUCUCAUGGUGCACCCGCUCAUGCGCUCCACGCCGUCCUCAUCUCCGCUAUCCACCCAAACACCCGGGUCGGCGGCCGACUCGGACCCGGACCAGGUCGCCAGCCGCAUCAUCCCAAUGCUAGACCGCCUGCAUGUUCUAGUAAUCGGGCCCGGCCUCGGCCGUGACCCGCUGAUGCAGGACACGUGCGCGCGGGUCAUCAAAGCCGCUCGGGCAAAGGGUCUACCCAUGGUCCUCGACGCGGACGCCCUGCUCAUCGUGCAGAAGGACCCGUCACUGGUCAAGGGCUACGGGCAGGUUGUGCUGACGCCCAAUGUGGUUGAGUUCGCGCGGCUAACCAAAUCACUCGGGGUCGACGACCAGGUUAGGGCCACGGCGGAGAGCGAGGGGGACACGGCCAAGGUCGAGGCGCUUGCGCGGGCACUCGGGGGCGUCAUGAUUCUGCAGAAGGGUGCCAAGGACUACCUGAGCGACGGGAAGGUAACUCUGACGGUCGAUCUCGAGGGCGGAAAGAAGAGGAGUGGCGGACAGGGCGACACCCUAACCGGAAGUAUCGCGACAUUUCUCGGGUGGCGGAAAGCCUACCUCGACGGCAUCUGGGAUCCGGCGGGAGAACGAUUGAAGGACGAAGAGCUCGUCGGGCUAGCCGUCUUUGGCGGGAGCGCGAUUACGAGGGAGUGCUCCCGACUGGCCUUUGCAAAAAGGGGCCGCAGCUUGCAAGCGAGCGAUCUGACGGAAGAGGUGCACACUGCAUUCAUAAACCUUUUCGGGGGCGUUGACGGUGAAGCUGGAGCCGCAAGACUAUGA